AUUUCUGGUUACUUUCUUUCUGUGAUAUAGAAAUGGCUGCUACUACUUUAACCUUUAUGGUCCCAAAACGACAAAUACUCACCAAAGACGAUCUCGAAAAAUUUCGGGAAUCUGACGCAUAUAAUGAUUAUGUUGGUUUUACUGAGAGGUUAAAUAAUUCAGUUAAAGGAUUAUCUUUAAGUACUGAAUGCUUUAUUUCUCCGACUUUGUCGAAAAUGCUGGAACUUUUAGAUAAAGCGAAUACCUAUUGUGAAGAGAUACCACCUGUACAAAAUGAAAAGAGUAGAUUUGGGAAUCCGGCUUUCAAAGUCUUCUAUAGUCGGAUUGCUAAUAAUGCAGAAGAACUUCAUGAAAUCUUUUCGUUACCUCCAGAAGCGGUUAAAGAAGUUUCACGAUAUUUCAUGGAAAGCUGGGGAGAUCAAAAAAGGAUAGAUUAUGGAACGGGCCAUGAAGCUAAUUUCAUAGCUUGGUUAUUAUGUUUUGAAAAAUUGGGUUUGAUUGGACCAGAUGAUUAUACAUCUAUUGUAUUAAGAGUCUUUCAAAAAUAUAUAGAUGUUAUGAGAAACCUUCAAUUUAAAUAUUGGCUUGAACCGGCUGGGUCUCACGGAGUUUGGGGAUUAGAUGAUUAUCACUUUUUACCAUUCAUGUUUGGAUCAGCUCAAUUAAUAGGGCAUAAAUAUAUCAAGCCGAAGUCGAUUCAUGAUAAGGAUGUCGUUGACGAAUUUUCUAAAGAAUAUAUGUAUUUGGCCUGUAUAAAAUUCAUAAAUUCGGUUAAAACAGCAUCUCUUCGUUGGAAUUCACCGAUGUUGGAUGACAUAUCUGGAGUUAAAGAAUGGAAAAAAGUUAGUGAAGGAAUGAUUAAAAUGUAUAAAGGAGAAGUACUUGGAAAAUUGCCUAUAAUGCAACAUUUUAUGUUUGGAAGUUUAAUAUACUUUGAAGGAAGUUCUAGUGAAUUAAAGGAACAAGACUUGGAAUGUGACGAUAAUCAUGUGCAUGCUUUUGGUCAAGAAUUUCCCGAUUGUUGUGGUAUUAAAGUUCCCAGUGCUAUUGGUGCUAGUCAAAUAAAUAUGGGAGAAGGAACUUUUAGAAGGUUGCCAUUUGAUUAGGAAUCAAGAAUUAGGAAAUUUCCUUUAAUAAAAAAAAACAGGAUUAUUAGUUAACAUUUUUUAUUUAUUAUUGCAUAAGUUAAUAAGUAAGUAUAUGCUUAUUCACAAAGACGCUUUAAUAAUAAUAUUGGUUAGGAUUUUAUUGUAACGGAAUAUAAUUUAAUAAAAAAAA